CUCAAGAUUGUGUCAACUUUAGCCACUAAGGUGUUACGUUGUUUCACGAUCGAUGUUUAGUUGGAAUAACUACACCUUUCCAUACUAUGUAUUACUUCUAAGUUGCAGUAGAGUUUUAUAAUACAAAUGUGUUUUAGAGGAUAUACGUAUUAGAUUUAUUGGGAAUUUCCAGUUAUAAAUCCCUGACUACUACUUUUUUAAUCGAUUAGAUUCUGUGUUUCAGGAACCAUCAAGUUUUCCGUCGAAUAUGAUUAUACCUAUCCAUGGACCAAAUGGAGAAGUGAGUGAGUGGCUAAUGAUUGAGUUACAAGGUGAUGUUUUGAGUAAAACAAAUAGUCCAUUAGCAGGGAAAAAUUUAGGCGAUCUUCAUUUUUCACAAGAGAAUGGCGAUCCAGUUCUCCUUAUUGGUCAUCAUGUACUUUUCGGGAAAGUAGUUGCUCUUGAAAAGCCUAUGCUUGUCACAAAAAGAAACACCACAUCUGGAAGCUUACAGUAUGAUAUCGUUUCUGUUAUUCGGCGUAAAUUAUUGUUUAAAACACGACCUAAACCGAUCAUCUCAUGUGCUUCCAAAAAAGUUUGAAAGAGCUGAUAGUAUUUUACAAAUUGAUAUGCAUUAUUAUGUAAAUAUAUCCUUCAAAUUAUGUA